GCCCAAUUCAACUCCAAGGCAAUAAAAAAUUACGAAAGUCAUGACAAGUAAUAGUAUUGCAUCGUCAUCCACUGCAGCCCAGGUCGUUAACAACAAUGCACAAUUCAAAGGAAACAUUGACUCUUUUGAAUUGCCAUGGGUUGAGAAGUAUAGACCACAGUUGCUCAAAGACAUUGUUGGUAAUGAGGAAACUGUUGAGCGCUUGCAAUUGAUUGCAAAUAAGGGAAAUAUGCCGCAUAUGAUUAUUUCAGGAUCACCUGGUAUUGGAAAAACGACAAGUGUACUGUGUCUUGCGCAUGAAUUACUUGGACCUGCCUUUAAGGAAGGUGUGUUGGAGCUUAAUGCCUCUGAUGAUCGUGGUAUUGAUGUGGUUCGUAACAAGAUCAAGACAUUUGCACAAAAAAAGGUGACUCUUCCUCCAGGACGCCACAAGAUCAUUAUUUUGGACGAAGCCGACAGUAUGACAGCAGGGGCUCAGCAGGCACUCCGACGUACAAUGGAGAUUUAUUCCAACACGACACGCUUCGCAUUAGCCUGUAAUCAGUCCAGUAAAAUUAUCGAGCCCAUUCAAAGUCGAUGCGCCAUGCUCCGUUAUACGAAGCUGACAGAUAAGCAGGUUCUACAACGUUUGCGUGAAGUUUGUGAAGCGGAGAAUGUGAAGUACACCGCCGAAGGAUUAGAGGCUCUUAUCUUUACGGCAGAAGGCGACAUGCGUCAGGCUAUCAACAACUUACAAUCAACAUGGUCAGGAUUUGGAUUUGUGAACGAUGAGAAUGUGUUUAAAGUUUGUGACCAACCUCAUCCCGUUGUUGUAAAUGCAAUUAUUGCAAGCUGUCUUCAAGUCAAUGUCGAUAAUGCUCUCAAAGGGCUCCAUCAACUCUGGCGUCAAGGAUACAGUGCUGUGGACAUUAUCACUACAUUAUUUAGGGUCGUCAAGUUUUAUGACGGUAUGCCAGAAUAUAUGAAGCUGGAUUACAUUAAGGAAAUUGGUCUCACACACAUGAAAAUUUUGGAAGGAGUAACAUCCUUGAUUCAACUUGGAGGGCUGAUCUCGAGACUUUGCAAAAUGUCUAUGGAUUCAUCCGCAUUCACAGUGUAGAUAACAGUGGUAUAAAUGAUGAUGCUGAUAUAAAUUACAAAUGACGAAUCUCUAGUCUUUUAUGUAUGUCUUGGUGCGCCGAUAAUAUAGUACAGGAA